GCACCAAAAAAAAAAAAAAAAACCUCAGUUUUUAAAAAUAUUUUUAAUUUAUUUCAAUUUUUUGCAGUUUGGGCUUUAAAGGACGUUGAGCAGCAGCUGUCGGGACGGCCGCUGUUUUGUUGAUGUCAUCCGCGACCUUCAAUUCCUCAACAAGCUGAGGAUAAACAAAGAGUCGCUUUGAGGGUUUUAGUGUUACCCUUUAUUUUUGUCGCCUUUCCGCCUUUGCCAGUUGGCAGGAUGAGAGUCCUGCUGCAGGGGCUCCUGCUGCUCGCUGCCUGCGCUCUCCCUGCAGGUGGCUUGGAUUUCCAGCCUGGAUCCAAAGCUGUCGGACAGCCGGUGUUCAGGAGGCGCUCCGCCGUGGAGCAGAGAGCCGCACACAUCGUCAGGAGGUCCCUUCCGUCGUGGCUGGACGCAUCGCAACAUAGGAGAAGGAGAAGGAACGCCGAGCAAAGCGAUUCCUGCAAACAGCACCGAGGGUUUCAGAGCAAGUUAAAUGACAACACCCACAGUUUCAUGUUCAACGACCUGAGCGGCUCAGUGUCACUGGCCUGGGUUGGAGAUGGAACAGGGGUCAUUUUGGCUUUGACUACCUUUCAGGUGCCUUUCUUCAUGUUAAGAUUCGGUCAAUCCAAACUCUACCGUAGUGAGAACUACGGGAAGACGUUUGAUGAUGUGACCAACUUAAUCAACAGCACCUUCAUAUUAACAGAGUUUGGUAUAGCAAUCGGCCCUGAGAAUUCAGGCAAAGUGAUCCUGACCGCUGAAGUCUCUGGAGGUGAUGGGUAUCGGCUUUUUGUUUCCAUGGACUUUGGAAAAACCUUCACCCACCUGGACUUGCCUUUCAAUCCCCUGAUGCAGAUCUCAUACAAUCCGGAGAACUCAAAUGUGCUGGCAGUCCUCAGCACCAGGCAUGAACUUUGGCUUUCUGAAGAUUUUGGACAGAGCUGGAAGAAGAUUCACAACAACGUGUGCCUUUUUAAAUGGGGGAAGAAAAAUAGCAUUUUCUUUACUACCAACCAGAAUGGAUCUUGCGGUGAUAGAGGAAUGUUAGAGCUGAGGAGAACCACAGAUUUGGGUAAAACCAUCAAGACUGUUGCCACAAAGAUCUUCUCUUUUGGUCUGGGUGGACGCUUCCUCUUUGCUUCAGUAAUGACUGGAAAGGGAACUCUUAGAAUGAUUCACGUGUCUGUUGACCAGGGUGAGAGCUGGAACAUGGCUCAGCUGCCUCCUGUUGGUCAUGAGCAGUUCUACUCCAUACUGGCAGCAAACGACGAUAUGGUUUUCAUGCACGUUGAUGAGCCUGGAGAUACUGGUUUUGGUACAAUUUAUGUUUCGGAUGAUCGAGGAACAGUUUACUCCAAGUCGCUGGAGCGUCACCUUUAUACAGCUACAGGGGGUGACACUGACUUCACCAACGUCACUUCACUGCGAGGAGUCUUUAUCACCAGCAUCUUGGCAGAAGAUAACUCUGUGCAGUCUGUAGUGUCCUUUGAUCAGGGAGGAGAGUGGCUUCCCCUGCGGAAACCUGUCAACAGCAAGUGUGAUGCUACGUCUAAGGACCCAGACAAGUGCAGCCUCCACAUCCAUGCAGCUUACAGCACUGCUAUGAAGCUGAGCGUCCCCAUGCUGCCUCUGACAGAACCAAACGCUGUGGGUCUAAUCAUAGCUCAUGGCAGUGUCGGGGAUGCCAUCUCUGUGUUGAAGUCUGAUGUGUAUGUGUCUGAUGAUGGUGGCUACACCUGGAUAAAGGCUCUUGAGGGGCCCCAUCACUAUGCUAUGCUGGACUCAGGAGGGCUGCUGGUAGCUGUGGAGGACAACGGCGAACCCAUCAACAAGAUUAAAUUUUCCACUGAUGAAGGACAGUGCUGGAAUGUUUAUAACUUCACAGAGGAGCCAAUCUCAUUUACAGGGCUGGCAUCAGAGCCAGGAGCUCGUUCCAUGAAUGUCAGCAUCUGGGGCUACAGGGAGAACUUCAUCAGCCAGUACUGGGUCUCCUUCACUAUCGACUUCAGGGAACUUCUCACUAGAAGCUGUGACGAUAACGAUUAUGUGGAAUGGUUGGCCCACUCUGAUGACAUCAGUGACCCCAACGAUGGUUGCAUGCUGGGUUAUAAAGAGAAAUUCCUGCGGCUCAGAAAGGACUCUGUUUGCUUGAAUGGACGAGAUUAUAUUGUGAACACACAGCCGACUCCAUGUCCAUGCACCCUGGAUGACUUCUUGUGUGACUUUGGAUACCAGCGUAAAGAGAACAGCUCUGAGUGUGUGGAGCAGCCUGACCUGCAGGGCAAAGUGUUGGAGUUCUGUCUGCACGGCAAAGAGGAGCAACUGCAGACCAGUGGGUACAGGAAAAUUCCCGGAGAUAAAUGUGAGGGAGGAGAGAUGCCUCAGCGUAAAGAGAUUGACCUCAGUAAGAGGUGCGUCAGUGAUCUGGUAUCUCCAGAGCUACAGACAGAUGGUCAUUCCUCCAAGUCAGUGCCCAUUGUGUUAGCAGUCAUCGUUGUCCUAGUGCUGAGCAUCGCAGCGGGCGUGGUCUUUGUAAGGAAAUACGUCUGCGGCGGAAGGUUUGUAGUGCACAGGUAUUCUGUGCUGCAGCAGCACGUGGAGGAAAAUGCAGCAGAUGGGAUGGAUGAGCCACUAGAAACCAACCAUGCUCCUAAUGGCAAAAUAGAAUUCCAUGAUGACUCUGAUGAGGAUCUGCUUGAAUAGCAGGGACCACCUGUUAAACAAGCGGGUAACUGGUUGGCCUGCAGCCAGCCGCUGUUCCCAUCACUCUCCUCUCCAGUUACUUCCUCCUCUCACCCUCUGAUGUAAACUUCAGCCUCAGCGACAGAAACUCUGCUGUCAUCGGCGAAGUCAAAUGAAUGUAAGGAGGCUUCCUGAGACUUAAAGCCACUGUUGAAGAGAACCAUGAAGGAGGUCUUGACAUGUUUAAGGUAUCUGUUCUGUUGAGUACGUUUUAAUUUUUAAGUUAUUUAUUUCAUGAGGAAACAGCUGAACAUGCUGACAGAGAUUGAUAAAUUAAUCAACUGUAUGAAGGCAUCUCUGCUUUACGGGUUCUAUCUUUUUCCAUCUUUUGUAAGAGCUCCUGAAAAGGUCUUUUUUUUUUAACCUCUUAAGGAUUUGUGUUUGUUUUCUUCAUGUACUUGUCCAUAAAUGCUUUUUCUUUAUUAGUCUUUAAUCAAAUAUCAUUUUGGUGAGAGCUGAAAAGCCACAGCUGGCAUCCGGUUAAUAUUAAGUCCUACAGACAGACUAAGUCUUAAUGGGUUUUUUUAUGGAAGUAUUUAUACUUCCACGUUCCUGAUAACUUAAUUUUUUGCUUAUUAAUAAACUCUUUUACUUCUUUCUAUCUCGUUGGAGGUACAAUUCUGCAGCUCUUUGCAUUGUGUAAAAGUAAGAAGGGAUGCACCAAUCAGGUUUUUUCUACCCUUGGGUUUUGAUCUUCCCAUUUUGACUGAUAAUUUUUUCCAUAGUAAUUAAUUAAAUGAAAUGUAAUUAAUUAUGUUAAUUUUAAACAGCUGGUGGUUUUUAGUUCAAAAGAAAUGAAGAAAUUACAAGAUUAUCCACUAAUUUAAUUUUUCUUCUGGGUUAAAACUUUAGACUAAUGAAUUAAUUCACCUUCCUUUAUGGGAAUUCUAUUUUUUGAUAUAUGUUAAAGUGAAAUAAUAAUAUAAUAAUAAUAACAAUUCAGUUUUUUACUAUUUGAAUCACAAAGCAGAACCAGUCGUUGGAAAAUUGUCCCGAUUUCAAUUUCCGAUCGAUUGAUUGGUGCAUCUCUUGCAAUAAGGCAUCUCUAUGAGGUUUAGAGCAAUAACCUGUGAAGAUUUUGUAAAAAAUUAACAUAUUGUCUGUGCAUGACAGUUAUUCUUCUCUGCACAUCUCUUAGAGUUGUUAGUUGUCUUGUUAAUCCAAACAAUAGAAGCUUAGAAAGAUGUGUUUAAAACUCUGAAUGCAGUUUUAACCACUUAAAGCACAAAAGUCCCCUUAGAAGUUCAGCAUUUGCCGCUGAAUAUUUUUCCAAAAUAAAACCUAUUUUAACAGUAGUGAUCACCUUAACCUUGUGUGCUCCACGUUUGUGAUAAUCUGAGCAGUUUUAUACUACAAUUUAAAAAAUAUGUGACAUAUCUUUUGCAAUAACUAGAAAACCAAAAGUAUAGGAAAAUUGGUGAAGGAUAAAUAAAGCAAAAAAAAGGUUCUAAAUUAUAUAAAUGUUGUAAAAAAUAAAACCGUGUUGGAAGUUGAAUAAGCUGCAGCAUGUUUGUUUCUGGUUGUGGUUCACACUGACUUCUGCUUUUUUUUCUGUAACCAUGGUAACCAUGUCUCAUAUUUUUCUUAAAAACAUUUUUUUGUUGCAGUUUUUUAAAUUUUAUAGGUUUACUUUAUUUAUCCAGCUGGUGCAGAUUGCAGUAAAUUACUGUAGGUGUCGUUAAACAAGUGCCUGGUGUGAGAAUUUGACCGAUUUCCAUCAUAUUGUUAGUUUGAACAGUAAUGGCAGCAACAAUCACAAACUGGACAUAUUCCAAUUGCAAGUCAAAUUAGAGGAGUAUCUGAAUUAGUUUCCUUAACAAAUAUCUGAAAAAAUAUGUAAAAGAAAUGUAAUAAAUUCAGUUCAGGCUCAGACCGUUUGGCACAUUUAGCACAAUAUAAGGUGGUCUUAUGUAAAGGUUCUUAUGUAGCUGCAUUGCAUUGGAAGACAGUCUUUUAAAUGGAGCUUUAAGAAUUUUGUUGAAAACAUGUUUUCCUUACAUUUUUAAACUGCUGUACUGAUUUCAAAAGAGUCAUUGUGUUGUGUAAAUAUUCAGGUUUAAACAUUUGUAACUACUGUUUCCCUUUUCUGUAUAUUUCUUUGGGUUUGGAAAUAAAGUAAUGUUCCUCUUU